AUGGCCCAACCUUCUGCCCCCCAGAACCCGACUGGUGAGCCUAAAGCUCCCGUCGCCGACGUCCCUCCCCAGGCCGACGAACAAUUGAGAAACCAAGAUGCCGCUGCUGCCUCCAAGCUUGUCGAAGGACAGGACCCAUCUGCACCCCCCAAGGUGAAGAGCGAGAAGGAAUUGGAGCGCGAGCGCCGUAAGGCCGAGAAAGCCAAGAAGUUUGCAGAGAAACAGGCUAAGGCCGCGGCUAAGCCUGCUGCGCCCAAGGCUGAGAAGAAAGCCAAGAUCGAGAAGGAGAAGACCACAGACGCCUACGAUCCCAAGGUGAUCGAGGAAGGCCGCUAUGAAUGGUGGGAAGAGCGUGGCCUCUUCUUGCCUGAAUUUGGUCCUGAUGGCAAGGUCAAGCCGGAAGGCUACUUCGUCAUUCCAAUCCCACCCCCUAAUGUGACAGGUGCUCUUCACAUGGGUCACGCUCUUACCAAUGCGCUCCAGGAUACCAUGAUCCGCUGGCAGCGUAUGAAGGGCAAGACCACUCUGUGGCUGCCAGGUAUGGACCAUGCUGGUAUCUCUACCCAGAGCGUGGUUGAGAAGAUGCUUUGGAAGCUGGAGAAGAAGACCCGUCAUGAUCUCGGCCGUGAGGCAAUGGUCGAGCGCGUCUGGGCCUGGAAGGAUCAGUACCACGCCAACAUCAAGAAUGCGCUGCGGAGAGUCGGCGGCUCCUUCGACUGGACUCGUGAGGCCUUCACAAUGGACCCUAACCUAUCUGCAGCUGUCACGGAAACUUUUGUCCGCCUUCACGAAGAGGGUAUCAUUUACCGUGCCAACCGGCUGGUCAACUGGUGUGUGGCCAUGAACACCUCCCUCUCUAACCUUGAGGUUGAGAACAAGGAGGUCGAGGGUCGUACCCUUCUCGAUGUUCCCGGCUACGAAAAGAAGGUUGAGUUUGGUGUCUUGACUCACUUCUGCUACGAAAUCGAUGGAACCGACGAACGGAUUCAGAUCGCCACUACUCGUCCCGAGACCAUGAUCGGUGAUAGCGGUAUCGCUGUCCACCCUGAUGAUAAGCGCUACCAGCACUUGAUCGGCAAGUUCGCCCGCCACCCCUUUGUAGAUCGCUUGAUGCCUAUUGUCGCCGACACGGACGUCGACCCUGACUUCGGUACCGGAGCUGUCAAGAUCACCCCCGCUCAUGAUUUCAACGAUUUCAACCGCGGAAAGGCCCAUAAUCUCGAGUUCAUCUCCGUCCUGAACGAUGACGGUACCUUCAACAGCAAGGGUGGUCCUUUUGCCGGAAUGAAGCGCUUUGACGCCCGCUACAAGGUCAUUGAGAUGCUCAAAGAGAAGGGACUUUAUGUCAAGUGGGAGCACAACCCCAUGAAGAUUCCUCGCUGCGCUAAGUCCAACGAUGUCAUUGAGCCUAUUCUCAAGCCUCAGUGGUGGAUGAAGAUGAAGGAUCUCGCCGAACCUGCCAUCAAGGCCGUUGAAAGCGGUGAGAUCAUCAUCAGACCGGAAACCGCUGAGAAGAGCUAUUUCCGCUGGUUGAACAACAUUAACGAUUGGUGUCUGUCCAGACAGCUUUGGUGGGGUCACCAGGCACCCGCCUACUUCGUGAAGAUUGAAGGCGAGGAAGGUGAUGACAGUGACGAGAAUCUUUGGGUUACUGGUCGCACGGAAGAGGCGGCUCGGCAGAAGGCGGCGGCUAAAUUCCCCGGUAAGAGCUUCACUUUGGUGAGAGAUCCUGAUGUUCUUGACACUUGGUUCUCCUCCGGGUUAUGGCCGUUCUCUACCCUGGGCUGGCCCCGUCAGACACAUGAUCUGGAACAUUUGUACCCGACCUCCGUUUUGGAGACCGGCUGGGAUAUUCUCUUCUUUUGGGUGGCUCGAAUGAUCAUGCUGGGUCUUAAGAUGACCGGCAAGGUCCCUUUCAAGGAGGUGUACUGCCACUCCCUGAUCAGAGAUUCUGAGGGUCGCAAGAUGUCCAAGUCUCUGGGCAAUGUCAUUGAUCCUCUCGACGUCAUGGAAGGUAUCAAGCUGGAUGACCUUCAUGCCAAAUUGCUCACCGGCAACCUUGCCGACAAGGAGGUGGCCACUGCUACCAAGUACCAGAAGAAGGCCUUCCCCAAGGGUAUUCCUGAGUGCGGUGCUGAUGCCCUGCGUUUCGCCCUUGUGUCCUACACUACUGGCGGUGGUGAUAUUGCCUUCGACAUCCAGGUCAUCCAUGGUUAUCGUCGAUUCUGUAAUAAGAUCUACCAAGCCACGAAGUUUGUGCUUGGCAAGUUGGGCGAUGACUUCAAGCCUCGGCCGACCCCUACAAAGACUGGCAAGGAGUCACUUGCGGAACGCUGGAUCUUGCACAAGUUUAACGCUGCUGCUAAGGAGAUGAAUGAGGCUCUUGAGCAGCGUGAAUUCUCUGCUUCGGCAUCCAUCGCUUACCAAUACUGGUACGGCCAACUUUGUGACGUUUUCAUUGAAAACUCAAAGUUCCUGCUUGCGCCCGAAGUCCCGGCCGAAGUGCAGCAGUCGGCCAAGGAGACGCUCUACACAGCUCUUGAGGGGGCUCUGACUUUGAUCCACCCAAUGAUGCCCUUCGUCACUGAGCACCUGUGGCAACGCCUGCCUCGUCGUCCCGAAGAUAGCACAAUUUCGAUCAUGAAGGCCAAGUACCCCGAAUAUAGACCUGAGUUCGAGGAUUUCGAGGCUGAGACUGCCUAUGAACUGAUUUUGAAUGCCUCGAAGUCUAUUCGGUCGAUCCUCGCCCAGUAUGAGAUCAAGACCAAGGGCGACAUUAUCAUCCAGACUUACGAUGCCACCAGCUACAGGACCGUCUCGGAUGAGCUUACUAGCAUCAAGUCCCUGGGUGGCAAGACCCUGGGCGAGCUUAGUGUGCUCGGCCCGGAGAAUACCAACCCACCUUCAGGCUGUGUGGUCGCUCCUGUGAGCUCUGAAGCUGCUGUCUAUCUCCGUGUUUCCAAGGAAGUUGCCUUGGAGCAGGAGGAGAAGGCCAAGGCUAGUCUGGAGAAGGCACGCGAGACAGUGCGUCGCCAGCAGAAGCUCAUCAGCGGUGCUGGAUGGCAGGAGAAGGCAAAGCCUGAAGUGCGCGAGGCUGAAGAAAAGAAAAUGCGUGAUGCUGAGAGUGAAAUGACUCGUCUAGAGGAACAGAUCCGUGAGUUUGAGAAGCUGCGGCUAGAGUAG